AUGUCAUUUUAUUCUUGUUUUAAUACAAGAAAAAUGAUCUUCAAGGGGAUUCUGGUAGCAGCCUUUGCAUUAAUAUGUGUGGAGGCCCAGAACACCUGCGAGCUGAUCGAAUGGAACGGAGGACAUUUCGAUUGGCCCAAUGAUGCCACCAAAUCCAUCUACAAGUCAUCAGGACGCUACUGCCCCAAGAACAUCAUCGCCACGAGGGCCCAGAUCUUCAAAGACGAUAUCUUCGUUGCCCUCCCCAGAUACAAACCCGGUGUACCAGUGACCUUAGCCAGAAUCGGCCUGAAACAGAGGGGCUGCGAACCCGUGCUGCAACCAUUCCCGUGCUGGGCGUCCCAAGAAGAGUCAGACUGCAAUGCUCUCAUAUCUGUCGUCGAUAUGUACUUGGAUGAGAACAACAUUCUCUGGGUCCUCGACACAGGAGUAGUCAACUCUCUGGAAUGCCCAAUUCGUAGAGCUCCACCAAAAGUAGUAGGAAUCAAUGUCCUGACAGGAAAGAAAGUCAAGACCUUGGACCUGUGCGGAUUAGUAGCCCAAGCUUCCAGGCUUCAAUACGUCGUUGUUGAAUAUGCUCCAUGUGGUAAACCCUUCGUCUAUGUCAGUGACGCAGCAACCCGCUCUAUCUUGGUCUUCGAUGUUGCUGGAAACAAAGGAUACAGAGUAGUGUUGCCGAAGGUAGUCGCCGGAUGCAGACGAGAUGUACUCUACAUCGCCCUCAUCCACAAGACCGGUAACAACAACAACCACUUGGUUAUCACCUACUUGUCUGGAGCCAGGAUCUUCCAGAUCCGUACUGAAUUCCUCAGGGCUGGUUGUGCUGCUGGUAAAAUCCAAGAUCUUGGAAAGAAAGAUGGAAAGAUCGUGAUCUUGGGAACUGACUUGGGAUCCGCUAUUUUCUUCAGAUACGAAGGCAAACGCGAGGUUUACAGAUGGGAAGUAGGAACCUGCUUCAGCGGAUACGAACUAGUCUACAAAUCUCCAGAGUGCUACUUGGCCACUCAAGCUAUCCCAGAUGUGAGCAGAAGGAGGAUUCGAGUACUCGAGAGCAACUUCCCCGAUUACAUCCAAGGCACUGUUGGAUGUGGUGCAUCACAAAGAGUAGCACUCAUGAUCAGCUGUAUCAACCAACCAACCUGUUGAAUCUUGUGAUAUAAGCAUUAUUAUAUAAUGUUUUUAGUCUUAGCUAGUUGUAGAUAAUAAAUUUUUGAUUUAUUUAUUUUUGGUUUCAUUCAUAACUUUGAAAUAAGAUAUCUCAUCACAGAAUUAUCCGAAUGAUUUCAAUUGAAAGCAAUAUAAACUGGAGCAACGAGAUUCAUUUGAUUGGUCACAAGAAUCAACAAGAUCAAUGUAUUUUCUUUGUAAUUUCAAUCACAGAUUUCAGAUCUAGUAUAUCUAUUUUGUAUUUUGUCCUUCAGAUGUAGUACUCAAUGGGGACACCCUAUAAAAUAUAAGUCAUCAUAACUUGAAUCUCUUCAGUGAUUUCAAGAAAGGUCAAAUCCAGAA